GCGUGUGUGUGUGCAGUGUGUGUGUGUGCGCAGAGUGUGGGUCUCUUCGGGCGCCUUGCAGGAGGCGGAGUGUUUGCAGAGCGUGUGUGUGUGUGUGUGUGUGCAGAGUGCGGGUCUCGUUGGGCGCCUUCCAGGAGGCGGAGUAGUAGUGUUUGUCUGCUCGGCGAUCUCUCCCUUUUUCCUCCUGGUGAUAAGGAUGAGAAGGGAGGGCUGUGUGUCUGGAUCCACCUCCUCCCCCUUUUCCUCCCGAAAGUAGGGCAUUUCCUUGUGUGUGUACCUCCCAUCACCACUAUCACCACCACCACCACUAUCCUUCUAACCCUCUUGCGCUUGGGUUGCUGAGCGAUGUGAGUCGGAGGACUCCCUUCCCAGCCUCUCCUUCUGGUUAUUAUUUCCCCUCCCUCCCUCCGUCCCUUCCUCCUCCUCCUCCUCCUCCUCCUCUGGAGCCGCCCCACUCUCCCUUCUUUUCCUUCCUUCCUCCUCCCUCUCUUUCUCUGUCUCUCUCUCUCUCUCUCUGUGUCUCUCUCUUCCCAGCCCCGCCAUGCCGGACCAGAUCUCCGUGUCGGAAUUCGUCUCCGAGACCAACGAGGAUUACAAGGCGCCCACCGCCUCCAACUUCACCACCCGGAUGGCGCAGUGCCGGAACACCGUCGCCGCCAUCGAGGAGGCACUGGAUGUUGACCGAACAGUUCUUUAUAAAAUGAAGAAAUCUGUAAAAGCCAUAAAUAUUUCUGGUUUAGCUCAUGUGGAAAAUGAAGAACAAUACACUCAAGCUUUGGAGAAAUUUGGAGGAAACUGCGUCUGUAGGGAUGAUCCAGAUUUAGGAACAGCGUUUUUAAAAUUUUCUGUAUUUACAAAGGAGUUGACGGCACUCUUCAAAAACUUGAUCCAGAACAUGAACAAUAUAAUCACUUUCCCACUGGACAGCUUGCUGAAGGGGGACCUAAAAGGUGUAAAAGGGGAUCUGAAGAAACCUUUUGAUAAAGCAUGGAAGGACUAUGAAACAAAAGUGACAAAAAUAGAGAAAGAGAAAAAAGAACAUGCAAAAUUACAUGGAAUGAUCCGGACAGAAAUAAGUGGGGCUGAAAUAGCUGAAGAGAUGGAAAAAGAGCGGAGGUUCUUUCAGCUACAAAUGUGUGAGUACCUGUUAAAAGUGAAUGAAAUCAAGAUUAAAAAGGGAGUUGACUUGCUUCAAAACCUGAUCAAGUAUUUCCACGCACAAUGCAACUUCUUUCAGGAUGGUCUGAAAGCAGUCGAAAGUCUCAAACCUUCAAUAGAGAAGCUCUCUACAGACCUACACACAAUAAAGCAAGUGCAGGAUGAAGAAAGAAAGCAAUUAAUUCAACUUAGGGAUAUUUUAAAAUCUGCUCUUCAAGUUGAUCAGAAAGAGGAUUCUCAGCUCCGCCAAAGUACAACCUAUAGUUUACAUCAACCUCAGGGAAACAAGGAGCAUGGCACUGAAAGAGAUGGCAGCCUCUAUAAGAAAAGUGAUGGAAUCAGAAAAGUGUGGCAGAAGAGGAAGUGCACCGUUAAAAAUGGUUUCCUUACAAUUUCCCAUGGUACAGCAAACCGACCUCCUGCAAAGCUUAAUCUGUUAACUUGCCAAGUGAAAACAAACCCAGAAGAGAAAAAAUGUUUUGACCUCAUAUCACAUGACCGAACGUACCAUUUUCAAGCAGAAGAUGAACAGGACUGCCAGAUCUGGAUAUCAGUGCUACAGAACAGUAAAGAGGAAGCUUUAAAUAAUGCAUUCAAGGGGGAUGACAACACAGGAGAAAACAAUAUUGUCCAAGAACUGACCAAAGAAAUAAUAUCUGAUGUUCAGAGGAUGCCUGGAAAUGACACAUGUUGUGAUUGUGGCGCACAAGAUCCUACAUGGCUGUCAACCAAUCUGGGCAUUUUAACUUGCAUCGAGUGUUCAGGAAUCCAUCGAGAACUUGGUGUUCACUAUUCCAGAAUGCAAUCACUCACUUUGGAUGUGCUGGGAACGUCCGAAUUGCUGCUUGCCAAGAAUAUUGGGAAUGCAGGAUUUAACGAGAUCAUGGAAUUUUGUUUACCUGUAGAUGAAGUAGUCAAACCCAAUCCAAGCAGUGACAUGAAUGCAAGAAAAGAUUAUAUUAAUGCCAAAUAUAUUGAAAAGAAAUAUGCACGGAAAAAAUAUCCUGACAAUGCAGCUAAACUACAAAGCCUGUGUGAUGCAGUCAGAACAAGAGACAUUUUUGGGCUGGUUCAAGUGUAUGCGGAAGGUGUGGAUUUAACAGAGAAAAUCCCACUAGCAAAUGGGCAUGAACAAGAUGAAACUGCACUUCAUCUUGCUGUGAGGUCAGUGGAUCGGACUUCGCUUCACAUAGUUGACUUCUUGGUGCAAAAUAGUGGCAACCUUGAUAAGCAGACGUGUAAAGGCAGCACAGCUCUGCAUUAUUGCUGCUUGACAGAUAAUGUUGAAUGCCUAAAACUGCUACUGAGAGGGAAGGCUUCCAUUGAAAUAGCCAAUGAAGCUGGAGAGACGCCGAUGGAUAUAGCUAAACGCCUAAAACAUACACGCUGUGAAGAAUUGCUCACCCAGGCCCUGGCUGGAAGGCUUAAUUCCCAUGUUCAUGUAGAAUAUGAAUGGCGAUUACUUCAUGAAGACCUAGAUGAAAGCGAUGACGAUGUAGAUGAAAAGUUGCAGCAACCAAGCCCCAAUCGAAGGGAGGACAGACCUGUGAGUUUUUAUCAGCUAGGAUCCAGCCAGCUCCAGCCUAACGUGGCAUCUUUGGCAAGGGAUGCUGCCAAUAUAGCCAAGGACAAGCAACGAGGUUUUAUGCCAAGCCUGUUACAGAAUGAGACCUAUGGAGCCAUACUCAGCAGCAGCCCACCGCCCACCCAACCUGCGGCACCGGUUACAAGUGCGCCUCCGUUACCCCCCAGGAACAUCGGAAAAGUUCAGUCUUCAUUUCUUGGCAGUGCUGUUCAGACAACUCCUUCAUCGAACACACUGUGGAAGACAAAUUCUUUAGGAAUGGAAAGCAUAAGCAGGCAAAGGUCUUCAUCUGAUCCACCAACUGUCCAUCCCCCUGUUCCACCAUUGCGUGUAACAUCUACAAAUAUACUCUCUUCAGCCCCACCUCCAGUUGGAAAGGCAUCCAGCAUCCUUGAAGCUUUGAACCAGCAGCCGAAACAGCCAGCUGUGCCACAGUCAAAGCCUACGCCGCCGCCACUUCCUCCACAGCCUCCAAGUAGAAUUUCUCAGAAAAAGCCUGUGCCUGGGACCGACAAAUCAUCCACUUUAACUAACAAGAGCAAGGGCUCCGGAUCUCUGCAGCAAUCCAGCGCAGGGGAAUCUUCAUCAGCAUCUGAAAUUGCCGGAUCACAAAUGGGCCCUUCUGCAAACAUGUCAGGAGCCAUCCAACCUCCAGCUCCAAUGCCAAGAAAGUCUCAGAUAUCAAAAACAAAACCCAAGAGAGUAAAAGCAAUUUAUAACUGUGUGGCAGAUAAUCCAGAUGAACUAACCUUUUCAGAGGGUGAUAUCAUCAUUGUUGAUGGCGAGGAAGAUCAGGAGUGGUGGAUCGGACAUAUUGAUGGCGAGCCCACCCGAAAAGGAGCUUUUCCUGUAUCAUUUGUGCACUUUAUUGUUGAUUGAACAGAUGGAGAGACGUUCCAUUUCUAGAUUUUACAGCAGCUCCCGGCCUUGUAUUCAGAUGUUUCACCAGGAUAUUUUAUGACCUGUACACCAACAGUUGACUCAUUAUGGACAUUCUCAUGAUGUAACUUGAUUUUUUUUAUUUACACAUUGGAGGCUUUACUAUAUACUAUAAAACAAAUGUUAUCAUUGAAAAGCCCCAAGAACACAAGAUACCUAUUUCAUGAAAAACAUGACAUCCAUUUUCAUACAUUUUGGCAUGAAGACUUUCUUGGUGUGCUAGGCACUUUCCUUUAUCACUCCAGUGAGCAAAAGCAUUCCUGACUCUGUGGUUCAUGAAGUGUGGAAAUCGACCGACAGGCUGAGCCAAGAAAUUGAUGACUGCACUAGUGCCUGUCAUGCAAAUCUCAUAUUUGCACUCAGUGUCUUGAGACUUAUCUCAGGACAGUGCAGCUGCACUGAAAACUUCAGUUUUAAAGGGGGCAGUUUCUUCUGCUUUUAUGUAGUAUACGAUAGCCAAAUGAAGACAUGAAUCGAGCAACAAACUAUAGCUGGUAUCCAAUUUCUUAAUACCUUUGCCUUCAUCCAUUGUUUCAGGGGUAUCAAACUCAUUUUUAUCAAGGCUCUUAUGGCUGCAUUCAGAGGGUCAUUGAAUCCAUAAAUGGAGAAAACGUGGAUACAGAGCCAACUAUAAUUUUUUUACAUCAUGGUUGGUGCUCUUUAGUUUUUACCGAGUUUGGGAGCUCAGAUGUUAUUGAAUGACAACUCUCAUCACUUUUGAUGAUCCGCCAUGCAGACUGGGGAUAAUGGAAAUUGCAACCCAGUAGCACUUGUGACUCAUAAGUUUGGGAAAAAGUUAAAGGACAAUGUCAGACACUAUGUCCACAAGCCUUGUGUCUAAAUUCAAACCCAGCUAUCCUGACUGAACAGAACAAACUGCAGCCUACCAGAUGUUACUCUAUCCCAACUCCCAUCAGCCCUAAUCAUGAGGUUGAAUGAGGAGAAAUACAGGAGUUGUAGUCAGCAUCUGGAGGGCCACAUGAAAUGACAUGCUGAGUGGGAUUCAGCUUCUGAACCUUGAGUUUGACAGAAGUGGGUUUGGGUGAAGUUUCCAGAGGACUUGACUACUUUGUAGAAAUACACAGAUGUUGCAUAAAGGUCGUAGUAGUUCUUCUUCACUCAAGUGCACUUGGAAUUGAUUAAUCCACAAUAUUCAUUAGAAAUCUAUUCCAAUGUAGGGGAUAGAGAGGACUGAGAGUUUAAAAUGUGUCUAAGCCCCAAUAACACACCCAAACCAAUAUAUAUGGUGUAUGUGAGUACCUUAAACAUGGUAUAUGUUUCUCAUAGACAGUUUGUGUAGUAAAAAAAAACAGGAAAAAGGUAUGUAUGAAUAGGACAUAUCCUCAUAGCAUCAGGCUCUUGCAGGACAAUCAGCAAAAUGAUCACAGAAGCCUGAAAUCUGAAAAUUUGCAAUGAUUACAAUGCACUGAAUAGACUGUCUCCACUCCUUAAGUGUGAUAGAUAUCUGCCAUCUUGCAAAACUGAGUCCAAGGGGCAAGCUUUUGUUACAGAAGGAACAAGUUACUUCAGAUCUAACAUAACCUUAACAAACGAGUGAUUAAACCACUGGCAUUUUUCUGCUAUUAUACUAGCAUUAAUAGAGAUCAAACACCGAAUGAGCUGCUGAUAAGCUCUAAUGUCCUGUCUGCCUUGCAAUACAGAGUAAGAGAUGAGAUAUAUUUACAGCCGGGAUGGGAGACUCCCCUAGCCUUGAUAUUGUGGUCUACAGCUCCCAUCAUCCACUAUUAUUGGGUGUGCUUGCUGAGGCUCCUGGAAGUUGUAGUUCAAAACAAUGGAAGAGCCAAAAAAUUCUCAAUUCUUGCUUUAUUAUUAUAGGGACCGGACAGAAAGGUAGCUUUGUAAAGCCCUGCCUACCUCCCCCAUAAUGCAAAGAAGAAGCCUUAAGGCUGGGGUGUGAAACCACAGCCCUCUAACAUCAAGGAAUGUUUCUAAAUAGAAGUAAAACUUGCCACAUAACCAGCCAAUACUUUCCCCCCAAAGCUGGUGAAAAGAGGAACAUUUCUGCCACCUGAGAUGUGUGGCCAUAAACUAGUUGGGAAUAUCUCCCCCCCCCCCCCCCCCCACAGUGUGUGAAUCUUGGAAACAUAUACUUGUAUGGAAUCUACAAGAAAUAAAGAAGUAACUGCAUAUUUAUUUGUUAAAAUUGUGCUAGAAAGACCUUUGGUUUUGCAAAAGAAAUAUUUUAAUAAUUUGAUGUAGAUAUUCGGUUUCAACGCCGAAUCUGAUCACCUCAUACUUUAUAAACUUGAGGUCAUACUUUUCUAUACUAAAUAUACAUAUGGCAUAAACCUUAUUUCAUUCUUCAGGCAUCUUUAAGGUAAGAAAAAAAACAUGCCAGAUACCAACGAUUGGUAAAUAAACUUAGCUAUGGGUUAGUUUGCUCACUUUUUUAUAUAAAGAAAUACACACAACAUAAUUUGUAGUGUCUAGCUUUUUUUGUUUUUAAAGCACAUUGUGGUGGGGCAGUGCUCUGUGUAUUACGGCAUAGGCCACUGCCCUGCAAUUGGUUCAAUAUCUGUUUGCAGAUUCACACUGUAUAAAUGUACUCAAAAACAUGGUAGUUGACACUGUUAAUAAUUGUGAAUAGAUUUCAUAAUUCCAAAUGGGUAAUAAUCUAUUACAGAACAUAGCAAUGUCCUUUUAAUGUUUGUAUAUUGUGAUAUUGUAACAGGUUUUUAUUUUGCAUAUAUGCUACCCGAGAGGUGCAGCGGUAGCAUAGGAUUAGAAUAUCAAUGUCCAGGUCACAUUGGCUUUGAUCACAAGUUUUGUGACUAUUGUAUCUCUAGAUUUAUCAAGAGAACUUUGAAUUUCUGACUCAGAAAUUAUGUAUAUAUCGGCUAGCGUAGAUUGGAAUAGAUGGGGGAGAAAGGCCAAUUAGUAUAUUUAUAUAUGGGGAAGGGAUGCCCAAUCUCACCCUUUUAUUGCUGCCUUGCUUAAAAUGGUACAUUUAAGACAACUUGUCCAAUGUUUGGCUGCAAAUCCAUUGGCACAUAUAUAUAUAUAUAUAUAUAAAGAAAAACCACUUUGAUACAGGCUGUUGCAGUGUUUAUGGGGGGAAAACUGGAAUGUUUCAGGAUAGUUUUGUUGCGAGUUUUUAAAGCUAAGUCUGCAUAUUCAAAGUUCCUGCUAAACAUAUAUGUAUAUUAGAAUAAUAGUUUGCCACUACACAUUCAUUCAGAGCCUGGUCAGUUCCGUUCGGCUUUUAACACUAUUUUUUAUGCUUCUAUGCCUGGUAAUUGCUAGAAAAUAAAUUGGCACAUUAUUUUGCACAGUUCACUUAUGUACAGUAUUUUUUAACACAGAAGCUUACAAAUAAUAUGUGCAAAGCAGCAUUGGGAAGUGUUUUCUUUUUAGCCCUUAAUAUCACAUCAGCUAGGAUCCUGAAAAGGCUUUGACUCAAACACCUCUACUGUCUCCUGGCAAGCCUCUUUUGAAACCCAGGAAACUUUCAAAAGAGAAUAAUAAUAUGUUGAUCAAAGGAGGAAGAAGUCAACGGUCACUGAAUAUGCCUGAAGAGUCUGAGCGCAGCAGAAGUAAAUGCAUGGAGCCAACCUUUGUUUACACUCUUUUCAGGUAUCCUGCAAAUACUUAAAUCAGGGCCAGUUUAAAAGUAUUUCUCGCACUACAAUGUGAUGGCUCUAGGCUUGGAAUAAAGACAUCUAUUUUAAAAGUUCACUUUGGGUUUUUGGCACUGUUUGACACACUUCAUAUCUAUCCGUCAAGUAUUUUAAUAUUUUCUCCAAGUCAAUCAAGUCAUGUGAUCUUUCACAAAAAUGGAUGAUAUUCAGUAAACUGUUAGUGAGCACACAAUUACGGUGUUUGACUAUUUCUAAAAGGAGCAUAUGAUACUUAGAACGCAGCUCAGAAUGCUACUUGAGAUGUAUAAUUUUCAGUGUGAUGGUUUUGAUUGUUUAGUUGCAGAGCAACUGUAUACACUGUAUAACCGAAAUCAAUUUUUUUUAGUGUCUGGAUGCAUUGAUUUAUAAUUCGAGCAUGAUUACUUUUACUUUUGUUAAACCAGUCACUUAACUGGAAAAAUAAACUACUUUUAAGCCUC